AUUACAUGGUGGAAUAUAAUUAGUGUGCUUUGUUAGACAAGUUGUACAUGUAGAUGUCAUUAUAGCAAUAUAUCUUUUGUUUGAAGACUUUCGCUUCAUGAUAUCACGUUUGGAAGAGACGAGCUUUCCUUAGGACAUAUAAGGUGUUGAUUUGCUCUCGAUCAGUGGCUGAAGUACUUCCGCUUUGAUGGAGCUAUGCCGUAAACUAAGACGCUGAUGUAAGCAAUAUCAGCAGAACACCGGCGUUAAAUGAACUUAAAUGAUAAAAAUAAACGAAACUAAUUGUUUGGGUUUGGGUGUCUCGUUUGCAAUGUCCGUCGGAACCACUUGUAAAAAGGAAAGAACGUGGGAGAGUAGAAAAGUCAGUUUUGGAGAUGAAUCUGCAAAGUAAAAUACCGUUUCUUUCAUGUUUAACUGCUGAAACCACAAAUUAAAUGUGAUAACGAGCUUUCUUUCAAAGACAAUGCGUUGACUAGAUGGGAGAGCUAACUCUUCUAAUUGUAAACACGAUGACGUCACUUUGGUAGAAUCGUCACCCGCGGUGAUUUGUGGAUCUCGAUCAUCAGGUCAUUCCAAACUUUCAAACCUAUGGUAACAGCCAGUACAUCUAUCGUUGUUGACUCGCCAGUUUCAGAGAAGAAAAAGGGAGCUUGACUGAAUAUGGUUUAGUUACGACAAUUCUAUUUACAGUCUACUCGUAGAUCAAACCGUCAUGGGAUAUUUCAGGGUCAUAUUGUUAAUGCAACUAGUUGCCGUUGUAAAGCUUGUUCACAUUCCGAGGGAACAAUGGCCGAGGCUUGGCGACCAAAUAACCCAGGAUAUUCUGGAUUCAAUUCAAACAUUUGAUCUUCUUAACCAAGAACUCUCCAUGGGAUUUUUUGUAAGAGGAGUCGCGGGCCCCCAGGGACCUCCAGGAGCAAAAGGUCCCCUUGGUAGUUCCGGAAUCACUGGAUCAGCUGGCAUGCCAGGAUGGCCUGGUCCCCCAGGGCAGCAUGGCCAGGUUGGGUUACCAGGACCACCCGGACCUCCAGGGCCACAGGGGCCCCCAGGGGCAAAAGGAGGAAUGGGAUUCGGAGGCUUGCCAGGACAGGUCGGAAUGCCCGGAGUCCCUGGGCAUCCAAUGUGGAAGAUAACAACGGAUAUUUAUACUCCGCUAUAUACAGUGCAAACGAACGUGACCGUCAUGUGUGUUGGCGACCGUGCGUUAUUACAAUGCAGUCCUGGCAAACGAGUGAAAGUAACUCAGGCUCGGUGGGGAGAGGGUAACUCUGUGACGUGCACCAGCUCUGCACCUGCCGAUUCAUCUACCUCUACACCUAACACAAAUGUCCCAGAUCCAAGUCAUGUGACCGACCAAAUAAGGAAACGCUGCGCAAAACAACAACAUUGCGAUGUGCAGGCAAGUGCGCCAUUCUUUCAGAGUGUUCCGAGCUCGUCUAAGUAUCUAAAGGUGUGGCAUGAAUGUAUUCCUGAUGUCUCAGGGGUCAUUUUACCAACACGGACCGCAAGAAGGGAGAGAAUUGACCCCAAUAUCCAAAAGAGAGAUUUCUUUCUUCGAUCAGGUGAAAAAAAAGGCACGGGGUCUGAACCUGUCAAGUGGUACGCUGAAGGCUUGGUAACUAGUGCCUCUCGCAAUCUCAGUGGUGGCAGUGUAAAAGAAAAUGCGCACAGGGGCAAAAGCAACGAGCAAAUCUCAUCCAGAAGGAACGAAUCAGCAGCAGAGAAGGAAAAGAGAAGUGAGGGUAGCUACAAGAGCGCCCAGUUAGCCCAGGUGUUGGACGAAUUGAUGCGACCACCUUCUGUAUACACAUAACUUAAAGAUUAAAAAAGCGAUUCGGUUCGAUUACUUAGCCAUUGUUGUAAGAACGAAUUGCUCCAGAUACAUCGAUGAGCUAGCUAAAAACGCGCACUAAAAUAACAUUUAAGAAACAUUCCGCGUGGUUGGUGCUUUCAUUGCUGUAUGAAUGCCUAGCCAUAGUGUAAUCUCUAGCCUAGUUGUCGCAUAGUCUCUAUGUGUCAAGCUUAGGCACAUUUGCACAUGUAACUAUUUACUAUUUAACCCACA